ACACUUGUUGUGCCCGCAACACAUGGAUAUUGUUAUUAAAUGAUUAAAAUUAAAAUCAAAGUACAAUCAAUUAAUUUGUACUAACAUGUUGCUACGCAAGUGUUCAUUUAUCGGUUUACGGAUUGCUUGCAACCGCUCAAUUUCCACAAAGCCGCACAUUGUGGUGCAUCCGGAGAUUCGUCAUGCCUUGGCACACAGGCAACCAAUUGUGGCACUGGAAUCGACAAUUAUAACACAUGGCAUGCCUGUGCCACAGAAUGUGGAGACGGCACUACAGGUGGAGGAGGUGGUGCGUCAAAAUGGUGCUGUGCCGGCUACGAUUGGAAUAAUUGACGGGUGCAUCAAAGUCGGUCUCUCGCAGGAGGAGCUGAUGACGUUGGCCAAAAAGCCGCGGUCGGAGGUGAUUAAGUGCUCCCGUCGCGAUCUGCCCUAUGUGGUUGCCAUGGGACAAAGCGGCGGCACAACAGUGGCUGCCACCAUGAUUGUGGCACAUCGUGUGGGCAUCCAAAUCUUUGCCACCGGCGGCAUUGGUGGCGUUCAUCGUGAGGGACACAUUACGCUGGAUGUGUCCGCCGAUCUGGUGGAACUGGGACGCACACCCGUUGCCGUUGUCUGCAGCGGUGUCAAGUCCAUUUUGGAUAUACCAAGGACACUGGAGUACUUGGAAACCCAAGGCGUGUGCGUGGCCAGCUUUAAUAGUCCGGGCGGCGUCUUUCCCGAUUUCUAUACACGUGACAGCGGCUGCAAGGUGCCCUACAAUCUGCCCUCAGCUGCCGAUGUAGCCAAAUUGCUGAGCGCCUGGCGCCAAUUGAAACUGCAGUCGGGUGUGCUCAUUGGCGUGCCCAUUCCGGCGGAAUUUGCUGCAGAAAAGUCGUCGAUAGAUGCGGCCAUUGCCGAGGCCAAUGCUGCAGCGCAGGCACAAGGUGUUAGCGGCAAGGAGGUGACUCCUUUUCUGCUUUCCCACAUCUCUAGGAUUACCCAGGGACGCAGUUUGCAGGCCAACAUUGCAUUGAUCAAGAAUAACGCAAGGAUCGCAGCCCAAAUCGCCAGCUCCCUGCGGGAAAAUGACCAGGAAGUAACAGCUACUAAAGUGGAUGCCGCUAAAAAGCCUUUGGUUGUGGGCGCUUCCAUACUGGAUUUAUCCUUUAAGGUCAAGGACACGCACGAUUUACACUUGGACGGAGCAACCUACAAGUCCGUAACGAAGCACGCAGCUGGCGGCGUGGGACGCAACAUUGCCGAGGGCAUCUAUAAGCUGUACGGAGAUGUGAAUCUCAUUUCCGCCGUGGGCAGCGAUCACUUUGCCCAAAUGCUGAGGCAACUAAUGCCGGCUGCACUGCAGCCCAAUCUCAUUGUGGAUGGGAAAAACGCCACCUCGCUGUGCUCCGUCAUCUUCGAUCGAUUUGGCGAUUGCAAACUGAUCCUGGGCGAUAUGGACAUACAUGACAGCAUCACACCCGAGGCACUUUCGUCCAAUUCCGAGCUGUUUCGCAGGGCACCACUCGUCGUCAUGGAUAGCAAUCUGUCGGAGCAGGCGAUGAACUGCACUCUACAGUUGGCACAACGGUUUCAGGUGCCCGUUUUCUUUGAGCCUACGGACAUGUUCAUAGCUGGAAAGCCUUUCAAGCUAAGGAAAGAGCUCACCCAACACAUAAGAUUGCUAAAACCGAAUCUGCACGAGCUGAAAACCAUUGUUGAGGCCAUCACUGGUCAGCCGGUGGAUUUGCAAUUGGAUGCCAAGAUGGAGAGAACAGAGCUUUUAAAGCAAACCAAAAAGUUACUAAAACAAAUUGACUCGCAUUUUAACUGCAUUAUUGCCACAUUGGGAAAUCAUGGAGUGCUCCUCAGUUGCCGUUCUGAUGCGGUAACUGAUCCCGGCAAGCUGCUCUCGCUCUCCCCCGCCUGUGACCACACGACUCUCUUCUAUGCGCCACCCAAGCUGCAAAAGAUUGUCAAUGUCUCAGGUGCCGGUGACAGUUUCUGUGCUGGCUUUAUAACGGCUCUGCUCAAGGAGCACACUCUGGAUGAAUGUGUCGCAGCGGGAUUUGCAGCUGCGGAGCGUGCGCUGCUUUCCGAGUCGGCGGUGCCCACAACAUAUUUCCAAGACAAUCAAGCAUUUGAGAAUUACUUUAAAGAGAUCUUGAAAAAGAUGCAGCGACAAAGAAUUUAGAGACACGGACUGGCCAGGAGUUUAACUCAGGGUUUUUUAUUCACUCUAUAUUGUUAGUAUAAUGAUUCCUCUCUCAUAUCUGUAUCUGUACAUAGGAUGCUCAUCAAUGGGCCCAACUGAAAGUGACAAUAAAUGUUAUAUUUGUAAAGG